AUGGCUAUCGAUGGCAGCAACCCUCCCUCAGAAAGUACCGCUUUGUCAAGGACAACCGGGUCAACCAGCGGUGCCUCGCCAUUUCACUUCAGUGACUUUGGCGGCACAAAGCCAAGGGACGCAAUUUCGUCGCCGCAAAUGAUAUCGCCAGAAUCUUUCGGUGAUUUCCAGGGAAUAACUGAAAGCUUCCAAAGACCUCCCAUUCUUUUUGGUCAAAGAGGCGUCGCGUAUAACUGUCGUAUAAGCGAUGUGGAUCAAGUCACAGCAGGCGUGGAGUUUGUGCUAAAGAUUGAGGAACCUUGUCUUGAUCACUUGCACGGCGAUCUGGACAAACCUUGCGAGCCUAGCAAUCAUGCCUUGACUGUUUCCGCUCAGCUGAUAGCAGCGUGCGAUUACCCGUCGCCAACCAUCAGCUCGCCUCCACCGAUAUCAGCCACCUUUAACAGUCUACCAACGCAAAUGCUGGAACGAUUGUUGAGUCUAGCGCCAGAUCUAUCGAGUGAAGGUGAAGUGACGCCGAUCCAGGCAUGGAACAUUAUUCGAUGUCGGCCUGACUUUGGCGGUUUGGACACGAGGAGUCUGAGUGCUCUUGCGCGAAAGCUGAAGAAGGCUGUAAAAUGUCAUGGGUAUGCCAAUUACCCAAAGCUCCACGUAACCUGGGUUGGUUAA